CCCGCUCCUGCCCGAUGGCGCUGCAGUCGCUCCGCUACCGCCGCGGCUCUCUGCAGCUCCUGAACCAGCGGCUGCUGCCGGGGCAGCUCCGCUACGAGCGGGUGGGGGGCGUGGAGCGGGCCUGGGGCGCCAUCCGCGACAUGGAGGUGAGCGGGACCCCCCGAGAGACCCCCCUCCGCUACGAGCGGGUGGGGGGCGUGGAGCGGGCCUGGGGCGCCAUCCGCGACAUGGAGGACGUGUCCCCCCGUGUCCCAGGCGUGGUGCGGGCCCUGCACGAGCGGGGCUCGCUGUCCCGCGUGUUCUGCACCGAGACCCGGCCCUACAACCAGGGCUCGCGGCUCUCGGCGCUGGAGCUGCGCCACGACGGGAUCCCGGUGACGCUGAUCGCCGACAGCGCCGCGGCCGCCGCCAUGCGGGAGCACCGCGUGCACGCCGUGGUGGUGGGCGCCGACCGCGUGGCGGCCAACGGCGACGUGGCCAACAAGAUCGGGACGUUCCAGCUGGCGCUGGCCGCGCGCCACCUGCGCGUCCCCUUCUACGUGGCCGCCCCCAGCAGCACCUGCGACCCCGCGCUGGCCUCGGGCGGCCUCAUCCCCAUCGAGGAGCGGCCGGGCAGCGAGCUCACCCAGCUCGGGGGCGUCCUCCUGGCCGAGCCCGACGUGGACGUGUGGAACCCGGCCUUUGACGUCACGCCGCACGAGCUGAUCACGGGGGGCAUCAUCACGGAGUGGGGGGUCUUCGCCCCCUCCCAGGUGUGCCGGGAGGUGGCGGAGCGCGAGGAGCGGUGACGGCUUCCGCCCCGGUGCAUCCCGGCAGCCUUUGCGGGACCAAAGCCUCGGUAAAUCCCGGCAGCCUUUGCGGCAAUAAAGCCUCGGUGUAUCCCGGCA